UGGCUUAGAUGCGUUCAGUUGAAGUAUAAGAAGAAGAUAAGUUCAGCGCGUAUGAGCAGCACAUGUUUGAAAACAUUAUGAUUAAGGCUCAAUACAGGGAACUCUUUGCGCAUUUAUUGCAUACAAUUUGGUUCUAUUCAGUCUUCUUUUUGGUCAUCAUACAUGACGGCAAAACUUACAGUCGCAGCAGUCAGUGGCACAACAACGGAUACAAUGCGUGGUCCUCGAAAUAUAAGAUGCUCACGAAUGUAUACGAAGGAAAGAAUUUAGAAUUCGGCUUUCCAAGUGACGAUGACAGGAAAACAGCUUUACGCAAGGGUCUCUACGACCCCGAUAGUCCACUGCCCAUCGAUGUGGAUGUUUAUUAUCCGCCGAGUGGCGAAGAGCCGAGGAUUUUUGUUACCAUACCACGAUUCGGCCAAGGUGUGCCCUAUUCAUUGGCCUACCUGACGAAUGAGGUGCGACCGAACGGCACCGAGCUGCAACCAUUUCCCGACUAUGAUUGGCACAAAUCACACGGGGAUGACUGUGAUGGCCUGACCUCAGUUUAUCGCAUACAGAUCGAUACAUGCGGUAAAAUGUGGAUAUUGGAUAGUGGCGAAAUAGAAUUCAAACAACAUUGUGCACCGCAACUAGUUGUGCUCGAUAUCGCAACCGCCGAGGUGAAGCAUCGUUAUCGCCUGCCCAAAGGCAUGUAUAAGCCGACAAUAAGCCGUUUUGUCACGCCCUACGUAGACAUUGCGGAUCCCGGUCCGUAUGGUUCCUGCAAGGAAGCUUUCGUUUAUAUGGCUGAUCCCACCGGCACCGGUUUCGUCGUGUACGAUGUAAAGAAUGAGCGUUCUUGGCGUGUUGAAAAUAAAUAUACAUAUCCCGAUCCAGAUUUUGGCACACACACCAUAGCUGGUGAAAGUUUUGAGCUCUUGGAUGGUUCUUUCGGUUUUGCUGUCACGCCAAGAGGUUUGGGUUUACGCCGCAUGCUCUACUUCCAUUCACUCUCGAACGAUGCGCAAGUCGCCAUUCCACUGGAUAUUGUCAAUGAUCCCGCAUACUGGGGUAAUGGUAUCAAAUCUGCCAUGGAACAUUUUGUGUUGCUGGGCAAACGUGGCGUUCAGUGCGCUGCACCCGCCAUGACGUCCAGUGGUGUAUUUCUAUGUGGUCAUCUCGAACCCAUUGGUAUCUUCGGUUGGAAUAUUUUCACACCAUACACAUACCAGAAUCGUAUGUUGCUUGCUGAAAAUCCCACAACACUACAAUUUAUCAGCGGCUUGAAGGUGAUUACGAAUCCGCAGGGCAAAGAGGAAGUUUGGUUGGUUUCAAAUCGUUUGCAGAAGGCCUUCAGCGGCACCAUGAAUUACAAUGAGAUUAAUUAUCGCAUUCUGAAAUGUGGCGUCGAUGAACUGUUGCUGGGCAGACCUUGCUAGUCGAUCAUAAAAUUUAUUUGUAACGUUUUAGUACCUUAAUUGUAAUAAAUUUCUUU